GGCCGGGAACGUCCACUCACUGGCUUCUCUGAUGGGAGUAUUUUUGUGGUAAUUCACCGGGAACUUUUAUUCCGUCAGUGCUAAGACGUGCAAUUGUCUGAUCUAUUGUAUGCAUGACAUUUCGUCAUUCAUUGAUGCUAUCAUCACACAAAAUGUUGGCGUUUGAGCGCAUACCUGAUCAAAUCGGAUACUUGGUAUUAACUGAGGAUGGUGCUGUAUUAACAUCUGGAGGAGAUUUAGAAAAUGAUGAAAGAGUGGCAAAUAUUAUCAGCAGUUUGGUAACAUUGACGAAUAAAGUUGAUCCUAAGGCAUUUCCGUUGCAUGAUCCUUUUGAAAAAAUCUCGAUCAAAUAUAAGGAUCAUUGCUAUGUUGUGUGCCUAUCUAAUAAGAAGAUUUACGUAGUGAAGAGAAAGCUGCCAUCUCCAACUACAGCAAUUGUUGAACAGCAAUCUAUUGUCGAUGUUUAGUUAUAAUAAUAAACCUCCAUAAUAAAUAUCCACAAAACAAUAAAUCUACUCUUUGUAAACUUUGAUA